ACUCGGUUCGUUCAGGACUUUUAUCCUACUUCCGCCACAAGAGACAAACUUCCGCCCUGCUCCCAGUCAGGUCCUUUUCUGGGAGCUGAGUCAGUAUGGGUCGUGUAAGGACAAAGACUGUGAAGAGGGCUUCUCGGCUGAUCAUUGAGAAGUACUACACCCGACUGGGCAACGACUUCCACGUCAACAAGAGGGUGUGCGAGGAGAUCGCCAUCAUCCCCAGCAAGCCGCUUCGCAACAAAAUAGCAGGAUAUGUAACACAUUUAAUGAAGAGGAUCCAGAGGGCUCCAGUCAGAGGCAUCUCAAUCAAACUCCAGGAAGAGGAGAGAGAGAGGAGAGACAACUACGUCCCCGAGGUCUCUGCUCUGGAUCAGGAAGUCAUUGAGGUUGAUCCUGACACCAGUGACAUGCUUAAGAUGCUGGACUUUGGUGGGCUCUCAACGCUGCAGGUUACUCAGCCAGCUGUUGGAAUGAACUUCAGAACUCCCAGAGUCUAAGUGCUUCCAGUAAAUAAGGAAAUAAAGACAAGUGAAUUCUCACAUG